AUGGUGAUGGCGGAGCGGGGACAGACAGAGAGAAGGAGGGGGGAUCCACUGACUACAGGAGCAGCCAGAAGGCAAAUCCUGUUGGAGCUUGCGGACCAGAACCUCGAUACCAUCUGUCUCUCUACUUAUCGAACAGCCUGCAAACUGAGGUUCAUACAGAAAAGAUGUAACUUGCAUCUCAUCGACAUAUACAAUGUGAUCGAAGCAGUGCGCGAUGCCGGCCUGAACGCUGUGGACUUAAAUGCUGGCAUUUCUGUAACCAGGCUGGAGAACCUGGUAUCUUCCCUGUUCAACCAGCUUAGCAAACGCCUGCCCACCACUCAUCCAAUUAAGCCAAGGGAGAGUACCGUCCUGUUUGUUGACUUCAUACUGGCUGCCAUUGAAAGUGAACCUGAGAGCCGACUGACAGUGUUCUCAGUAAAGGCUAUUCUAGCUGUACUAUGUGGAGGAAAACUAGUUGACAAACUUCGCUAUGUGUUUUCUCAGGUCUCAGACUCCAGCGGUGUGAUGGUCCUGUCCAAAUUUGACAAUUUUCUGAUCGAGGCUCUCAAGCUGCCAUCAGCUGUGCACGAAAGGCCGUCGUUUGGCUACACCAACAACAUGGCUCGUUCGUGCUUCCCACAACAGAAGAGGGUGAUGCUCAACAUGUUCCUGGACAUUGUAUCUGACCCUCCCGCAUGUCUCGUCUGGCUUCCCCUCAUGCAUCGCCUUGCCAAUGUGGAAAAUGUGUACCAUCCCGUCUCAUGUUCUUACUGUCAUAGCAACGGUAUAACAGGCUUCCGAUACCGCUGUCUCCGUUGCCGAGGAUACCAGCUCUGCCAGAAUUGCUUCUGGCGUGGCUAUGCCAAUGGCUCUCAUAACAACCAGCAUCAGAUGAAGGAGCACUCAUCCUGGAAGUCGCCUGCGACUAAGCUGGGCCGAGCCCUUGGGAAAACGCUGGGUUGUGUAUCAUCCAGGGAACCUCCGCACCCAGUUUACCCAGAAGAACCCGAGAGGACCCUAAAUCUCGCUAAUAUAGUCCCGUCUCAACCGGUUGGAAACCCAAGUCCGGCCAUGCUGCUGUCUUCUUCAGCACCAGAGCCAACUGCUAACAGUUUGGCAGCAGCUCAGCGCAUGAAUGAGGAACACGCUUUGAUCGCCGCUUAUGUGAAUCGCCUCCAGAGCAGCCCAUGCAGCAUGCAAACCCCCGGCAGGCAAGAUGAGGAACACAAACUUAUCGCCCGCUACACGUCUCGACUGGCAGAGACUGAAAGCUCAGGGGUGAUACCCACUCGAAGCAUUAACUUUGAUGUAAACAAACAGAAGAGGGAGCUCAUCGCUCAGCUGGAAUCCAAAAACAGAGAGAUUUUGGCAGAGAUCAAGCGUCUCCGUUCAGAGCACGAUGCCGUGUGUCAGCCCAGUCCAGACAAGGGCAGCACCAACCCGACUCUUCUAGCUGAGCUUCGCCUCCUCAGACAGAGAAAAGAUGAGUUGGAACAGAGGAUGUCAUCUCUACAAGAGAGCAGGAGGGAACUGAUGGUCCAGCUGGAGGGACUGAUGAAGCUGCUCAAGGAUGAGGAGCAGCGACAGGCAGCACAGGCUGCCGGUUCCUCUCACGCAUUUCCUUCCCGACCAAGCCCUUCGCCUGCCCGCUCAGUUGGUACCGCGUCUCCACAGAUGUAUUCGCCACAAGACUCGCUUGCUGGUGUGGGCGGAGAUGUACAAGAGGCUUUUGCCCAAGGCCCAAGAAGAAACUUGAGGAAUGACCUUCUAGUAGCGGCUGAUUCCAUUACAAACACUGUGUCCUCACUGGUCAAAGAGCUUCAUUCUGAUGAUGGUCGGGAGGAAGAGGAGAGAUUGCUGAAUGGAAAGGACAGAGGCAGCGUGGUGUUUCAUCCCAGCCAAAGAAGCUAA